GAUCAUGGCCUUGAAAGAAGUUUCUAGCAAUAAGUGCUUUGAGGGUUUUCAGAAGGUGUUUGAACAUGACAGUGUGGAGCUGAAAUGCAAAAUGAAGUUUGGAAUUUAUCUGCCCCCAAAGGCAGAAACUGAGAAAUGCCCUGUGUUGUACUGGCUCUCAGGAUUAACAUGCUCAGAACAAAAUUUCAUCACAAAAGCAGCCUUCCACCAAGCGGCGGCUGAACACGGCCUCAUUGUGGUUGCUCCAGAUACCAGCCCACGUGGAUGCAAUAUUAAAGGAGAAGACGAGAGCUGGGAUUUUGGCACGGGCGCUGGCUUUUAUGUGGAUGCCACUGAAGAACCAUGGAAAACUAAUUAUCGGAUGUAUUCUUACAUAAAGGAUGAGUUGCCUAAUCUGAUAAAUGCCAAUUUUCCGGUUGACUCUGGGAGGAUGUCUAUUUCAGGACAUUCCAUGGGAGGCCACGGAGCUCUCAUCCUUGCUUUGAAGAACCCUGGGAAAUAUAAAUCUGUUUCAGCGUUUGCUCCAAUCUGCAACCCUGUUCAGUGCCCAUGGGGUAAAAAAGCUUUUGGUGGAUAUCUCGGAUCAAAUGUUACUGCCUGGGAGGCAUACGAUGCCACGCACAUUGUGAAGUCCUGCGAAGGUUCCCCUCUGGAUAUUCUGAUCGAUCAAGGCAAAGAUGACCAGUUCCUUUCAGCCGGGCAGUUGCUGCCUGAUAAUUUCAUUGCUGCCUGCACAGAGCGUAAAAUCCCAGUGGUCUUCAGGAUGCAGCAGGGCUAUGAUCACAGUUACUACUUUAUAACAACAUUCAUUAACGACCACAUCAGACACCAUGCAAAAUACCUCAAUGCUUGACUGAAUCCCUGCUGUGGGCAAACUUUGACUAUACAAGACAAUUGAAGCUAUCA